GCCGGUUUUUGAUUUUGCGGGGUUUCCAAACUUCACCCGUGACAUGCGCCGGGCCACACGUUCCAACACGCUUUGGUUAAGCUGAGAACCUUGCCACCACCCCAACCAGAGACAAGUGGAGGAAACAGUGUAGAAAUGGCUGCGGAGAUCUUGUCACGGCAAAUCUCUCCUGUGGAAAGUUUCAUUUCAUCUUUGAGAAGUCCCCGACCGACAGUGCGAAUCUGGGCUUUGACACAAAUUGGAAAACUCUCGCCGUCAAGAGCUGCUGAGUUCCAGCUAGAUGUGCAGGUUGCUGAUAUGCUUCGAGAUCCAGAUUCCAGUGUGCAAGCACAAGCUUUGUUGACUCUCUCCAAACAAGGUGAUCGAGGUGCAAGACAUUCGAAUGAGAUUGCACGCAAACUCUCCCAUCCCGCAAGGGCCGUCAAACUAGCUGCGUUGCAAGCAUUGGGAGAUCUUGGGCCAAGCGUGGCUUCAAAUGCAUUAGAUGUGGUGGCGGUGAUGAACCAUGAGGAUCCUGCAGUGGCUGGUGGCGCUUGCUCUGCCUUGGGCAAGAUGAAGGUGACCUCUCUUGCAGACAAGCUCACUUCCAAGCUCGAAAGUAGUCGAGAGGUGGAAGUGAUCAUAGCUGUUUGCAAUGGCCUGUCGCAUAUGGACCGCAGAGUGGAUGUCGUGGGAAGGCUGCUGUCACACGAGCAGUCUUCUGUGAAGGCAGCUGCUGCGAUGGCACUGCUGGGAAUGACCAAGGCUGAGGAAUUUCUUCCUGAUUUGACACAGCUCUUGAGUGAAGCGGAUCCUUGCUUGCGGCACAAUGCUGCUUCCACCAUGCGGAGCCUUGGCUCAUUCUUGCCACCGCAGAAAGCAGCUUUGGGAGCUCUCCUCAAAGGUGCUCCUGGAGUCGCAGCAGCAGCUGCCUAUGUUCUUGCAAGUCUCGGUCCUGCAGCAGCAGACCAAGCACCGGCCCUCGAAGCCCUCCUGAACACCACGGCUGAGGACAGCUCAGCGUCGCUGACUGCCACCGGCGCUGCCCGUUCUCUUCCGGCGGGUCUGAGGAAGCCCGCUGUGGCCGCCAUUGAGGCACUUGGCCUGUCGGGUGCUGCCGACAGAGCGCCAAGGCUUCUUGAGCUGCUGAAGAGCCCUGAUGCGGAGGUUCGGUUGGCCGCUGCGGAGGCGCUCGGUCGACUUCGUGCUCAAAGCGCCGUACCUGCGCUAUUGCUUGGCCUCAAGGAUCCGUCGCCUGCAGUAAUUCGAGCAUGCUGCAGUGCUUUGGGCCGAAUGCCAAGUGCCGAGACAGCUGCUUCUGUUGCCGAACUCUUGAAGGAUCCACAUCCUGCCGUGCGGGCGGGUGCAGCAGAGGCGCUGGCAGAGAUGGGCGACACGCAGGCAUUUGUAGCCAGCAUCGCUAACUUGCUGGAUGACAAGGCCCCACCUGUGCAGGUUGCAGCGCUACAUGCGCUGGCAACGUGCGGAGAGCAAGGUCAGUUGCAUGCAGCGGAUGUUUGCCGCCUGGCAGCGCAGGGUGAUGACAGGACGCGCGUUGCAGCCUUGCAGACGCUCUCGCGGCUGGGCGAGCGUGGAGCGGCCUUCGCCCUUGAGCUGGAGCCGCUGCUGGACGACUCAGUGCCGGAGGUCUGCUCGGCUGCACGGAAAACCUUGGAGUACUUCAAGACCGGCAAAGAUGCAGUGCCAUCGCUUUUGAGUCUGCCUAAGGUGGAUGAACUGCCAGCGCUGGACGCCCCUGUCACAGGUGUUGACCAAAGUGGGUGAAAGGAGCUGGCUGACUCAUGAUUCAUACGUGAAAGGAUGGGUGUGAUUGGAUCUUCCCUUGUACAAAGCGACAACCAUGACUUCCACAUAGGACAGGCCUUAUGCCAUGACUACUUCUCAGUGGAAAA